AUGAGUCAGACCAGUCUCGUUGAAACCACAGGCGAACCGCCUCGUGCUGCGUUCGACCACCCGGGCAUCCUUCGACUAAAUCGGCCUAAUCUGUCCGAGGGAAAUUCUCCUCUCGGGCUUGAUCUUGGCCUUGGCCAGCUCUUUACCUUGACUGGGCGCUUCAUAUACGAAACGACAGCCGGCUUAUCCCUCCCAACAUAUCACAUCUCUACUCGUAACACCCAGUCUGGGAAGCCGUGGCAGCUUCAACUAAGCCACAUGCUUCCCAGCGAGGCACGUCGUGUGAGGGAAGCCGCGAGCGAUGGGUCUGAGGAACCAUUUAUACGAUAUGACGAGGACCUGACUCUCUAUGCCGGAGAAAAGCUGAACGUCCCAAUUAGUCUCGGCCGGAAGCCGCUCCUCGUUAUCAGAGGGCAGAAGAAGGGCACUGUCCAGGGCAGCGUAAUUAUGGAGAGGAGCGGCCGCUCAUACAAGUUUUGGCACAUGGUUCCGAUUAAGCACGCCUUGACGCAGGCGGAAACCCAGAGGAUGCAGGCGCUUAUGCAUAGACGCGGGUAUCGAGAUAGCGACGACUGGAAAAAGAAACUACUGCUGUAUGUGCAAGAACGUCCAGCGGCUGGUUCUGGAAAACUAGCAUGGUGUGAUGCAUCUGGAGUAGCCGUUGCCGACGAGACAGGCGACAAGCUAAAUAUUGCCGACGAGACGGAUAUCGAGAAGAGAGAUCUCAUUAUUUCCUGCUGGGCCUGCAAGAACUUCGUACUUGAUACUGCCAGCUUAGCAUAA